CUUCGGUUCCCCCAAAUCCCCUCUCCUUCCCGGCCGUCGUCCUCCCUUCAUCAAAUCCUCGUCCUCUCCGAAACAUUCGAACCUCCUCCUCCUCCUCCUCCAAUGGCGGCGCUGAGAAUCCACCCGCCUCUUCCCCUGAAUGCCCUGCCGCGACCCCCCGGAAGACCACCCCGCCUCCACCCCCUCCGCCUCAACGCCCGCAAGUCCCUCCCCCUCUCCGCGCCGUGCAGGGGGGGCGGCAGGAGGAAGGAGGCCGGCGACGCCGAGCUCGCGUCCGCCCUGGCCGAGGAGGUCGCGAGGGCGCACGCCCAGGGGAAGCAGAGGGACGAGGCCCUGGCGAAGGGCAGGGCCCUCCUGUUCUCCGAGCUCUGCGGCUACUUGUCGCUGAAGGAGGACGAGCUGUGGAGGAAGUGGGAGGGGAUGGAGGAUGGGGAGCGGCGGGGUCUGGCGACGGAGUUCGCGUCGAAUUGGAGUGCCGAUUUCCAUCCCCUGUCCGCGAGGUCCGUCGUGGAGAUGGUCGAGGAGCAUCUGCAGCAGCAAGGAAAGAAGCCGCCUUUCUCGAACGAUUCGGCGUUUUUUCCUGGCUUGAAGAGAUUGAUGGGUUUGGGCGAGAACAAGUGAAUGGGUUCUUGGGGUUGUGGUUUUGUUGGGUGGGGCAAGUUUCUAUUCGCUCUGCGAUUCCCUUCGUCUUUUCUUGGAUGGGAAGAGCUGAGUAGUGAGUGGUGACUGCAGUGCACGAUGUCCUUCUGAUCAAUAUUGAUUGUACAUGUUUAUACAGCAUUAUCAUGGCGACUUGAGUUC